UAAAGAUUUUUUUUUAGUGCAUGUUUAUGAAUGAGAUAGAAAAGUGGUAGCAUUGAUAAUUAGAUAAUUUAUGAUUUAUCAAACAUUAAACUAUUAAAUUUUUUUGAAAAAUGGACAUUUGUAAGAAAAUAAUAUAAGGUGAUUUGUAUCUUUUGGAGGAUAAAGAUUUUUCUCAAAAAUGUCUGCUGUUAAUAGUCUUCCACUGAAGCUUAUACCCUUUGUUUUACCUUCUGAUCAAAAAUCGAAUGGCGUUGUUAAGCAACAAUCAUCUUUUGAUACUGGUUUGAGUGGUUCAGAAGUGAGUCAAUUUUACGAAUCAGUGGUUUCUUCGUCUUCGUGUCAAAAACCGACUAAAAAGACAGUGAACUCUUCAAAAGGAAGAGAAUGCCUGAAAAAGCUAAAGAAGUCAAACAAUAUUUCGCAAGGUAGUAAUAUAAAAGCUGAUUCAAUAUUUCUGUAUGCACAACAAGGAAAUAUCACAGGACUUAAACAAUGUAUAGAAAAUGGGCUUUCCAUUAAUCAACAAGAUGCAUAUGGUUGGACACCUUUAAUGUGCGCAGCUUGUGAAGGACAUUUUUCUGUUGUUGAAUAUCUUUUAAAAGCAGGAGCUAAUCCCGAUAUAAGAUGUAAAUAUGGAAUGACUGUGAUUGAUAUUGCAAGGAAGGCGAAGAAUGAUACUAUUAUAAAACUGCUUCAAAAUGGGAUUGAUUCUUCUAGUAAGGAAUCUUCCCCCAAAACUCACACUUAUGAAUCUGAAGUAGAAAAGUUUUGCAGUGACUGUAAAGCUUCUUAUAAAACAUCUACCAUUAUUCAUGAACGUAGUAUUGCUCAUUUAAUUAUGAAAAAUAAAUAUGAUCUUUCAACAUUUUAUCACAUCCCAGAAAAUAAUAAAGGAUUUCAAAUUAUGUUGAAGAGUGGAUGGGAUAAAAAUAAAGGCCUAGGGCCUAAUGCUGAUGGUAGGAAGUUUCCAAUUAAAACUGUUUUAAAGAAAGACAGAUCUUGUAUAGGUAAAAAUAAAGAAGUGCCUAAAGUUACUCAUUUCGAUGCUAAUGAUGAAACUGCUGUUAAAACAGAAAAAUUUAAUCCAGUAAGAGUAGUACGAGAAAAAACAUUGAAAAAAUGGGAAAGAAAAAAACUUGAUGCGAAAAAUCGACAACGGGAAAUUGAUUUUAGACGAUCUUUUAACACUGAUUUUUGAUAAAAGCACUUAUUUUGUAAAAACUGUACUUUUGAUAUUUUAUUUCAAAUCUAUUCAUUACAAAUGUGCAUUAUAAAAUUAUAUGUGAAUACUUUA